UUCUAUUUUCCUUAUAAAUUCCAUUGUAUUCUUUUUGGGUGAUUUUUGUUUUCUUUUCUGAAAAUGAUGAAAAGACUAGACUUUUAUAUGACCAAGGGAUAUCGGUUUAUUGGAGCAUCACUGAAAAAUAUGGGCAAUUCUUGCUACGUUAACGCAGUGCUACAAUGCCUCACUCAUACGGUCCCAUUAGUAGAGGCUCUUCGGUCCUCUGAUCACUCUUCUUUGUGUUCUCGUGGUGCCGAUGAAUUCUGUUCUUUUUGCAUCUUAAAGAAGCAUGUUGACUACUGCUUACGUGCAUCAGGAUUUUCUAUUACUCCAAAACUUUUUGUUAAUAAUUUGAGCAAAAUAUCAUCAGAUUUUGAACCUGGUCAACAGCAAGAUGCACAUGAAUUCCUAUGCUGCUUAUUAGACAAACUGCAUCAAUCUUUUAAUUCUGAGCAUAGCCCUAUCAGUCAAAUCUUCGGUGGUCAUAUUAAGAGCCAGGUUUGUUGUUGCAAUUGUGCUCAUGUUACCGAUACUUACGAGUCUAUGAUAGAUCUCAGCUUGGAGAUUGAUAAUGCUGAAACUUUCACUCUUAUAGAUGCUUUAGAAUCAUUUACUAAAGUUGAGACAUUAGAUGACCCAGAUAAUAAGUUCUCAUGUGAAGCGUGCCAAGAUAAAGUAUUUGUUGAGAAGCAAAUCAAAUUGUUUGAAGCUCCUCAAGUUCUUAGUAUUAACUUUAAGAGAUUCAAGGUUUGUUCUUCUGGCAUUUACAAGAUUGAUAAAUUUGUGGAGUACCCGUUACAAUUGGAUUUGAGGCCUUUUCUUAGCUCUCCGGAGAAUGAGAUGCAAUACAACUAUGAGCUAUAUGCAAUAAUUGUGCAUUAUGAAGAUCAUUACUACUCCAUUGUUCGAUCAACAGAUAAUAUAUGGCACGCGCUAAACGACGACAAAGUAUUUAGAUAUCCUCAAUACUUGGCUCUCAAUCGAAGUGCAUAUAUACUAUUUUAUAUAAAGCAGGGAUCUGCACCAUGGUUCAUGAGUGUCCUAGAGAGAGUUUUAAGAACUUCAGUUGAAGAUAUUGAUGCAACAAAAAUAUCAGAGAAAGAGAAUGAUCAGACUACAACAAAAGCUGAAGAUACAACAAAAGCUUCAGAUCAUUAUCCGAGACCGAAAGAAGGCAGUAAAGAUCAAGAGAAUUCUCACAAGAAUAUUGAAAAGGAAAGUCAAAAUGAUGAGGAUACUUCCAACACAAGGAAGAGAGGAAGAGUUCAGUAUGAGAAUGAGCCUGUUUCGCCCUGAGGCUUCUCCCGACAUGUCUCCGAUCAAUCUAUACUGUAACGGGCUCAAUCGUUCUUGCUCGAUGGGGGCUCAAUCUCGUCCCCCUC